AUGACGUCACAGCUCUGGUCCUUAACUCCAUGGGUCGAUUCUGGCGAUACAUGGCAUAAACGCCGUGUUCCAUACACACAAGAUGCAACAUACCUUCACACUCUCGACCUUUGGCAACCGAAAUCUCUCCAAGAGUCUUCACUCCCUAAACCAGAAACUCUGCCUCGCGGCAAAGGCCCUUGGGUUAUUUAUAUCCACGGCGGGGCAUGGCGAGACCCGCUCGUCGACUCUUCGUCCUUCGAAGCAACUGCGCUCAAACUUCUGAGUGACAAAGAUACACCUAUCGCAGGAGUUACAUCAAUCAAUUAUCCCCUUUCAAGCCAUCCCAAUCAUCCUACGCACCCCGCACCACCUCGCGAUUCGUCGGAGCCUGUUGAUGUUGGUCGACAAGCUAAGCAUCCUGAUCACAUAAUCGCUCUACUCACGGCUAUCUCAUUUCUGCAAAAUGAUCUUGGAGUAGCUCGUGAUUAUGCCCUGUCAGGUCACAGCUGCGGUGCCACCAUGACGUUUCAGACAUUGAUGAACCCCGAUCACUGGCUGGGUACUGCAAAGGGAAUCUCGGUUCCCAAUGUGAAGAAGCCAAGAGUCAUAGCUCCUCUCAACGGACUAUACGAUCUCGCUGCCUUUAUCAACGACCCGCCAGAAUCUCACAAACAACUUCAACCACUGUAUACCGACUUCACGAAAAACGCUUUCGGCGAUGACGGGGCGGUAUGGAAGGCUGUCUGUCCUACAAGUGUCACAGACUGGAGUGCAGAGUGGCCUGAAGGCAAGGUCGUUGUGAUUGCCCAGAGCAAGGAAGACGGUCUUGUCCCGUAUGCCCAGACUGAGCUUAUGAAGGACCACCUGAGAAAGACAUCAACGCUUGAAAUUGUUGAGAUGAGAGCUAGCGGUGAUCACAACGAUCUGUGGAAACAAGCCGAUGAGAUCGUAGAUAUCAUAAAGUGCGCAGUUGGAUAUCUAACCAAGCUCUGA